AUGUCACGAAAAAGCAGAAAAGGAUCGAAAGACAAGAAAUUGAUUUCAACAUCCGAUGAUUUCUUCUUAUCAUGUCCAAUCGAUGAUGAUAAUGACUUUGAUGAAGCACUUUCAAUGGAAUUUUUUGACUGCUGCUGUUUCGAUUGUACGAACGUCGAUUUUGCACAGUUUCAUGGGAAGAUAAACUUUUCAUUGGAUAAUUUAUGUUGCAACUUCUCGUCGAGAAAUUCUUCGACAGAUAAGAAACCAAAAAAGAAGAAAAAGUUGAAGAAGAAAAAUGGAACACCAUCGCCAAUUCCUGUGGAGACAAAUACUGACUUCGGGUCCCAAAGGAAAAUUGAAUUACCAUCCAAAGCACUUUCACCUAAGAGCUUUAAUUUGGACCCAAUUUCUGAUCAACUUAAACAUUCAAAUCGGUCAUUUUCAACCAGUGACCUUCCUGGUUUCAAAGGCUCAACAAAUUUGAAAAUGAAGAAGCCAAAAGGUAAUAAAAAAUCUACAAAACUUUGCAACACUUUGAAGUCUGAGGCACCUGCAAGUUUUCAGAAUCUUUGCAAUCGUUUCAAAAGUUCAAGUUUAUCAAAUCUCCUUCCGAUAUCGAGAAACGAAGCAACUUUGAAAAACAUUGUUCACUUAUCAGAUCAUGAUAAAAAGAUUCUUGAUCGUAUGUCAAUGAAGAAUUUGAAAGAACUUGCGUUGGUUGAGAAUGCAAUGAUGGCGAGAAAAUAUUGGGAGUCAGAAAAAUCUGAACGUGAACGUCUUAAAAAUGAACAGCAUGCGAGAUAUUUGAAAAUGGUUAAUGAAAAACGUCGACAAGAACAAGGCGAGUUAAUGCGACGAAAGCAAUUAAUUGAAGAGAAGCAGAAAGAAUAUUGCGAGCGAGUUCAAAAUGACAUUGCAGCGAAAUCAAUAAAAGCUGAAAACAUCUUGAAGAACAUUGAAAUGGAACGAGAAAUGAUGGAAUGUCGUAAACGACAACGCGAAUAUCAACGAAUUGAAGCAAUUCAAACGAACUGCGAAGAAAGCAAACUCGAUGAACAGAUUUGGCGUGAAACUAUCAUCGAUCGACUUGAAGAAAGAAUCAACAAAGCUGAGAACAUUCGAUGUAAGAAUCUCGAUGUUUAUCGGAUCAGAGUCCAAACCGACAAUCAACUUCAUCAACAAAUUCACGCUCAAAACUAUGAUCAAGCAAUUCGUGAAGAAAUACAAAAACGUGAUCAACUUCGUGAAAGAAUCAAAGAUCGUGAAAUGAAAUUAAGAAAAUUCAACGAACAACGACAACGAUUUGUUCAAGAAUCAAAAACACAAGCAAAGACAUCAGCUUUGUUGAGAGAACUUGUAAAACGUUCAUUUGGAUCAUUUAAAGUUCCAUCCGAUACUCCAAUCCAACGCAGUUGUGAAAAUGGAAGGUUUUCCAACUGUUCCUAUUCAAGCCAAGUGUCGCAUAUUCAUUUAAGUUGA